UCCAAAGGAGCAGUCUUGUCCUGCAGAACAGAAGAACUGCACAUCUAGACCUAUGGCUAGGGACCUGUGGUUGUGGAGCAUGCUGGCUCUGGUACUGAUGGCUGUAGCAUCCAGCAUAGUGAAUGCACAUGCAACAGGUCAGCAGAAGUACUACAAAGGACCGGGGACGACGUCCAGCCUUCGAAACAUCGUCAUCGGACGUUGCUAUCACUACAUGUCCCUGAAUCCAGGCAUCGGGGGUAAAGACUGCUCUGGAAUAUGGCAAGAACUAUCUGAUGCAGUACAGAGAAAGGAUCCAUGUAAUAUCACUCUAGAAGACUACAAGCGUCUAGCAGUUAUGGGUGCACAGAUCAUACCAUGUAACAAGACCCUUCUAUGGAGCAAGACGAAUUACCUUGUUCACCGUUACACAAAAGCCACAGAGGAUUUCAUCACCCUAGAAGACACUUUCCUGGGUUUCGUGUUCAAUGGUCUUACCUGGUGUGGGAAGCCUUUAAAGCAAGGAAUGAACUUCAAGUCUUGUCCUGACUGGAACGAAUGUGAGAACAACUCCCUUUCCUCAUUCUGGAAGAUGGCAUCUGCUUCAUUUGCUCAAUCAUCAUGUGGAGUUGUAAAUGUGAUGUUAAAUGGCUCAGCAGAUGGUGAUAUUGCCAGGAAAGAAAGUAUUCUAAGAACGGUGGAAAUCCCCAAUAUGGGUCCAACCAGCGUCUCAGAAGUGAAGGUCUGGGUAAUCGAUGACAUCCAAGGAGAGGACAAAAAUUCAUGUAACAGCACAUCCUUGGUGGAACUAGAACAUUAUAUUGAAGAGCACAAGCUGAAAUAUUCCUGCAUUGACAACUACAGGCCUGUUCAAGCUCUGCAAUGUGUCGACAACCCUGAUUCUGCUGCCUGCAAUAAGUGCAACUACCAGUAAAAUAAAAUUUGCAAUUAGCUCAAUGUUAAGCAGAAUACGAAUUAUCUCUCUGUUAUUUGUUAGGCCUUGGUCAAUAAACAUCACCGGCUCGUAGUAACCAGAAAACCAUGGCUCCAUGCUAUAUGAAGAGUCAGCGUGGGGACCAAUAUACAUAAAUCCUGCAGAUGGAAGACAUUGUAGGAUAAUACUUCCUGACAUUUUCUGUCAAUUUCGCUUUAUGUAAAAAUUGUAAUCAGUAAACUAGCAAUAAUCCACUGUUUAACCCCUUUCUGCUCUGGGACAUACUAUUGCGCAUGUCAGCUAUGUACUUUUGAAGUCACAGUAAUAUUAUGUUGCAGCUAUGUAUUAUGCACCUGGACCCUGCUCUAAUGGUUGGGCUCAAAGUUAACUCCAAUCCUGGAUGGUUAACCCCUUAAGGCUAUGUUCACACAAGGGAUUUUGACAGUGUCUAAAUCUAUCACAUAUUCUGCGGCAGAAACUGCCACAGUUUUUCAAUUUCAGUCUUAUGGAGCUGAUCGCAGUUUAGCCCCAUGGAGUGAAGCUAAACCACGAGCAGACUCCUGCUGCAGUUUCCCGUGGUGUCCACUUGGGAAAUGUCUUGGCACAGUCUGGAAAACCACACAUAAAUAAUCCACGGCCUCAUGAAAGGCAGUGCGGAUUCUCAUUGAUAACAAUAGGAGGCAGUUUCAGCUUAGAAAAGCUAGCAAAAACCUGCAAUGUGAACACAGCCUAAGGGCUCAUGCACACGACCGUUGUUGUUUUGCGGAUCCGUUGUUCCGUAUCUGAGUUUUUUUUUUUCUCUGAUUUAAGUCCUCUUCCGUUCCGUUAUUUCACAAAACAUAACCGUAUGGUUUCCAUAUUUGAUCUGUUUUUUGCAGAUCGGAAACGGAAACAGUAACUUAUUAAUCACCAAACACAUGAGCAAUAUGGGUUGGGCAUAGCAUUUAUACAGUAUGGAUCCGCAAAAUACGGA